GCAAUGCUGCAUGCAGCCAGCAGAAGGGUCCAAACAAGGACCACUGCAAGAGAUUGAGAGGAAGAACAGGAGGGAGAAGAAGGAGGCCAAAAGGAAGAAGAUCCCUCUCCAACCACCCAACCAACAUCCAACCAUCCACGUCUGCCCCUAGCACAGUAUCGCACAAGAAGAAGAACAAGAGGGUUUCGACACUCAUUGAAUCCUUGAACACCGUUUUUCGAUCUCGCACCAGCUCUUCUUUUGGUGGUUGAUGAGCUGAGGCGCAGGAGGUCGGGAAGAUAAUGAAUAUCCUCGUUUAUCUGGCUUAAGGAUCCAUUGGAACAACAUGGGAUUGUACUGGCAUUGGGGGCUGGUUCUACUCUUCAGUGCGUCAAUCCAGGCCCAGGAUCUUUACUGUGGAGACCAGAACUGUUAUGAAGUCUUGGGGGUCACCCGAGACUCUCCCAAAUCCGAGUUUGGCAAGAGCUACCGGAAGUUGGCCGGAAAAUGGCAUCCGGAUCGGUUCAAGACACCCGAGGAAAAGGAGACGGGCGAGAAGAAGUUCAUGCAAAUUGCCACAGCAUAUGAGGUGUUGAAGGAUGAUGAGUCCCGAGAAGAGUACAACUACAUGCUGGAACAUCCGGAGGAGAUGUGGCAGAAUUACUAUCGUUACUAUCGACGCCGCAUGUCGCCCAAAGUGGAUGUCCGGAUUGUGAUUGCCGUGACCAUAUCCGUGAUCUCCUUGAUCCAGUACUACUCGUCCUGGACGAAUUAUGAAGAUGCCAUGAAGUAUUUAGUGGCCAUGCCCAAAUAUCGCAUCAAGGCCAUGGAAAUUGCCAAAGAAGAUGGCCUGCUCAAACGGGACAAGAAAUUAGACCGGGGCAAAUCGAAAGAGCAAAUCAAGGAGGAGGAUGACCGUGUCAUUCGCCAGGUCAUCGAGGAUAAAAUGGAUAUCCAGGGUGGGUAUGCCAAGCCCAAGGUCACGGAUGUUCUCUGGGUCCAGAUGAUCUUCCUGCCUUGGACGAUAUGCUCUUGGACGCACUUUUAUGGGCGCUGGUUUUGGAAGUACGGCAUCAAAUGCGAGGACUACGAGGACCAAGAUAAACUUUAUGUGAUACGCAAGAACAUGGGCUUGAGUCAAGGCCAGUUCAACUCCAUGUCAGAGGAGGAAAAGAACGAGUUCUUGGACUUGGAGUUGUGGAAGAAAGAUAGUUUCCAACAAUGGAAACAGGUCACAGAGGAUGAAAUGAGGGCCAAACUCGCUCAAAGUGGGCGAUACAAACAAUAUCGUCGCUACAUGCGCAAUCAUGGGCCUGAUCGAAUGACUUUUGAUGAUAGUUGAUACAUAUGUUGUUCUCGUUGUGCUUUUAUAUAUAUUAUUAAUUGAACAUAAUACAAUAGAGCCUCCAGUCGAAGACGGAAACGCUCUGGUAGUGUUAAUACAUUUUGCAUUUAUGUCA